CCGCAGCCCCGGCGCUCGGAGCCACCGACCGCCAGCAUGGGGCUGGCGCUGCUCCUGGCGCUGCUUCUCUCCCGAGCCGGAGACCUCAUGACUCUGCCCAGCAGUGACUGUGUCAUGGCAGAGCAGCUGUGCCUCUCGGACUCCGCCUGCAAUGCUACAUACAGGACUCUGGAAAACUGUGCCCUGGCCAAGACUCGCCUCCUUUCACUGGAUCAUGACAGCAGGGUCAGAUGUCUGAAGGCAGAGCUUGACCUUGGGAACAGCUCUUUGCUGCACUGCAAGUGUCACCGGCGCAUGAAGAGACAGGAGCACUGCUUACGCGUUUUCUGGACUGUUCACUCCAGCAUGACAGAUGGUUAUUUCAAUUUGGAGACCUCUCCCUAUGAGAAUCCAGCAAAUGAAGAACACUGGAAGACAGAUUAUAAUAAACUGGCAGCUCUGGUAUCAGGUUCACAGUUAGCAGGAGAUGCAAGAAAUCCAUGUCUGAGAGCAACACAUGUCUGUAAUCUGAGCAAGAAGUGUUUUCGACUGCGCACAGACUAUGCCUCCAUCUGCACCAAGGGAGCAGGAAGUGAGGAUGUGUGUGACCGGCGCAAGUGCCACAGGGGGCUAAGGAAUUUCUUUGAGAAAGUUCCUGAGGAUUUCACCAAAAGGAUUCUGUUCUGUCCAUGUCAAGAUGAAUUUUGUGGAGAAAGACGUCGUAAAACUAUUGUUCCUGAUUGUUCCUUCCAGUAUAACACUAAACCAAAUUGCCUCUGGCUUCUGGACUCCUGCUUAGAAGACCAUAUCUGCAAAUCCCGACUAGCUGACUUCCAGCAAAAUUGUCAGCCUGUAGACGUGUCUCCGGAUGGCUGCUCUGUGCACAACCAUGCUGCAUGCCUGCAGGCUUACAUGGGCAUGAUUGGCACACCCAUGACACCCAACUAUGUCAGUAACUCCAGUGUGGCGGUCUCCUUGUGGUGUACAUGUGAGAACAGCGGCAACCAGAAGGAGAAGUGUGACCAGCUACUCAGCAUGUUUGAGAGCAACAAAUGCCUUGAAAGUACCAUUUGGUCUCAAAUGCACCUGAAGCAGACAGCUCUAGGAAGACAGGAAGACUUACUUUAUUCAUCUUCCCUAAGCUUCCAAGGAGACAGUGCCAGCACAUCUCUCUCUUCAGCAAUGUCCCAGGUGGCUGAAGGGAAGACACAGCAAGACAGCCCCAAACAGGGCAGUAUGCCUAUGGCCUCCUCUGUCUAUUCUGGAACUGCUACUUCCUGGCCUUCUCUGGCUCUGUUCCUGCCCCUGUUGCUGAGCCCACAUUAAUGUGGCAUAAAUGGAAUAUUUUCUUCCAAUAUUAUUAAUAUUAUUCCAUAUCCAGGCAUGUCCCAGUACAGUUUUACCUUUGGGAAACAGAAGGCUUUCAGACAAGAAGAAUGGCCUUAACCCAGAAUGGCAGUCACUGGAAACCUGCCACAUAUUUGCACCCUGCUUUCCCCCUGUCAGUUUGCACUGAGCUCUGCAGGUACGGUUCUGCUUCUGCUGUGCGCAUAUUUUGAGUAACAGGCUAAUGUUCCAACUUAAUAGGUUCAAUCAAAGGUCUGAUUUCUUUCAGAUCUUGUGCAGGGUUUGGUUUCUGACUCUAGGGAUGACCUGACAAUGUCUCCAACCACCCCACCAUCUAGAGCUCCUCCUCAGGCAAUCAUUGCAUGGUUUGGGUUUGAAGGGACCUUAGAAAAUCAUUUAGCUCCAACAUCCCAUGCGUGGGCAGGGACCACCUUCCACUAGACCAGGUUGCUACAAACCCCAUUCAACCUGGCCUUGAACACU